GCGUGGCGUGGCGUGGCGUGGCGUGCGUUCCCCGAUUCCCUCCCCCCAACCCUAACCAGCAAGAUUAGGUUUUCGAAUAAUCUGGCGAUCUAUUCGUCGUCGCGCUCCUCCUUCUUCUUGCUUGAUAUUGGCUGCUUCUUGUAAGGAUAGAGUUCUUACGGGGAUUUACCGGGGAUGGAGGGUGCCGCCAAGCUGCAGGAUGCCAGGGCGGAGAAGGGAGAGAAGAGGGUUGCUCUUCGGGACAUUAGUAAAGAGAGCAAUGUGUUGCGCGAUACUCCAAGGCCAGUGGGUGCUAAAGGGGAGAAUGCUCAUGCCACAAGAUCGAUUGCGAGGUUAAAGAAAGGGGUUUCCGCUAGUCAUUGCGAUUCUGGAUCGAGUCGAAACUCUUCGUAUAUUUCAGCUACUAUCAAACCAAGUGUGAUUGUAUCUAGCGAUACAAGUUCCCUGCCACAGAACAGUGUGCAUAAACCUACAUUUGUUGCCUGCCUUGCACCCUGCACUACGCUCAAGUCACCUAAUUUUUCUGUGGAUUCUGUUUCAUCAAUGUCCACAUGCAACUCGAUUCGAAGCCCUGAGUUUGAGUAUAUAGAUAACAGAGAUUCUCUGGCUAUGACUUUGGAGAGCCGAGAAAAUGAGAAUCGAAGCAUCUCUGAGAAUGUAGCUAUAGAAGAAUCAAAAUUAAAGAGUAAUGGUUCUAUGCUGAUGGGAGCAGAUAUUGUGGAUGUUGAUACAAACAAUGAUCCUCAAUUUUGUAGUGCACUUGCUUGCGAUAUCUAUCAAAAUUUACGGAAUGCUGAGACUAAGAAAAGACCUUCAAUAGAUUUCAUGGAAACAAUUCAGAAGGAUAUAAAUGCAAAUAUGCGCUCCAUUCUAAUAGAAUGGCUUGUAGAGAUUGCAGAAGAGUAUCGUAUGGUUCCUGAUACACUAUAUCUCACUGUUAAUUACAUCGACAGAUAUCUUUCUGGAAAUGAAAUCAAUCGUCAAGAGUUGCAACUUCUUGGUGCUGCUUGUAUGCUAAUUGCUGCAAAAUAUGAGGAGGCAUGUGCCCCAGAAGGGGAAGAUUUGUGCUAUAUGACCGACAAUACUUACUCGAUUGAUGAGCUUUUGCAAAUGGAAUUCAAAGUGCUGACUUACUUGAAAUUUGAAAUGACAGUCCCGACUGCCAAAUGUUUCUUGAGGAGAUUUGUUCGUGCUGCUCAAGGAUCCGAUGAACUUCCUACAUUGCAACUCGAGUUUCUUGCCAGUUAUGUUGCAGAGCUCUCGCUACUCGAGUACAGUAUGAUUCGCUAUGCUCCAUCACUAGUGGCAGCCUCUGCUGUCUUUUUGGCAAGGUUCAUAUUGCAACCAACAAAAACACCUUGGAACGCCACACUGAGCCAUUACACACUAUAUAAACCUUCUGAACUCUCAGACUGCAUCAAGGCAUUACAUGGACUACUAUGCACCAGUGCGUGCAACGGCCUGCCUGCUAUUCGAGAAAAAUACAGUCAGCACAAGUACAAGUUUGUUGCCAAGAAAUACUGCCCUGCAUCCAUCCCCUCAGAGUUCUUCCGAGAUAACACCAAAGUUUGGAAGUGAGUUUACUCUCGUGGCCGAUACAGAAGACGUCAAAGUUUCUUUUUAACUGUCGAUAGCAUGCAUGGCAAAUCGAAGGUGAGGAAUGCUGAACUCCCUCUUUGAUCCACUGUUUGAUAUCCUAGAAAAGAAAAGAGAAAUUGUUCUUCAAAUGCUCAUAUGAAGGACACAAAUGCUUGUGAGAGUGGACAAGGAAGAGAAUCUAUUGAGUUUUGAACAAAAUUUAAUCAUUUCUUGUACAGAAAUAAAUACUUUGUGCUCAAAUGGAAGAUUUCCAUUCCAUACUCCCAAGUUUGUUUCGAAUUCCAUUCAACCUUAAUGCUUCUUUUGUA